AGCUAGCAUUUGCAUUGAUUCCUACAACAUGAUCUUUUGUUGCUGAUCAGUCUCAUGAUUUAAGUUGCAUACAAUCACCAGUACUAUUUGCUAAUUCACUUUGUUCUUGUUAUGUUCCUUGUUAAAUUUUCAGGGAAUGGAAGUUCUCGUGAACCAGAGAAUCAGGGAGACUUCAUCACAAUCCUUAGUAUUGAUGGUGGAGGAGUGAGAGGCAUCAUUCCUAGUGAAGUUCUAAGUGUUCUUGAAGCGAAGCUCCAGAAACUGGAUGUGGACAACAAGGAUGCAAGGAUUGCAGAUUAUUUUGACUUCAUUGCUGGGACAAGCACUGGAGGCCUUAUGACAGCUAUGCUUACGGCCCCAAAUGAUGAAAAACGACCUCUGUUUGCUGCAAAAGAUAUUGCUAAGUUUUAUCUAGACAAGAGUCCAAAUAUCUUUCUCAAAACACCUGAAACAAACCAACCUCCGUCCACUGAAGAGGAUUCCAGAAUCACUGAUUCUGAUGAAGCGACGGAAGAACCUUUGACAACGCACGCCGAAGUCAUUAAUACUCCAGCUACUUUUUUGCGGGGUAUUAUUGAUUUCAUCGCGGACUUUACUCCUGAGGCGAAGGAUUAUGUAGAACCUCUUAAUAAAUAUUUACUACAACCAAAAUAUGACGGUAAGAAUCUGCAAGAUACGAUUAAGGGACUUUUGGGAGAGAAACUAGCUCUCAGUGAGACUCUAACGAGUGUGAUAAUCCCCGCCUUCGACAUCAAGCAUUUUGGGCCUACCAUCUUUUCUACCUUAAAGGCCAAGCGUGACAGGUCAAUGGAUGCUCCACUAGCAGACGUUUGUAGAGCUACCUCUGCAGCACCGUAUUACUUUCCCCCUUAUCAUUUUAAAACCAGCAAGCCCUUCAACCUAGUUGAUGGCGGUGUUGCAGCCAAUAAUCCUUCUUUCCUAGCUGUGUGUGAGGCGAUGAAAGAACGGAAGGCAGAUUUUCACAAAUUUGUUGUUCUCUCCCUUGGAACUGGAGCACCAGAUGCAAGUGGCAGGCUAGAGGUUAGAGACGGCAAAUGGGGAAUUGUUGAUUGGCUUUGGCAGGAUGACAAUUCCAACCCGUUGCUGGAUAUCUUGACGACUGCACCAGAUGAAAUGACUGAGAUGUACAUGUCUACCGUCUUUCAAUACAGUGGAUUAGAACACAACUAUACUCGGAUCCAGGUUGAGCUAAAACCCAGUGAAGCCAUAAUGGACAAUACAAGCAAAGAAAAUCUGGAGAGACUCAAGAAGAUCGGUCAGGAUUUAGCAGAACAAAAUGAUGCCAAACUUGAAGCUCUUGCAAGCCGAUUGGUCGAGAUACGGAAAGCUCGCUUAACCCACAUAUCUACUUGACAAUUCAUAAAGUAGAACGUUGCUGAUGUCCAAGGCAACGUUGUCCAAGAUAUGGUUACCUGCCCAUAUGAUUAGUACUGUUUUCAAAUUUGCCAGUGACUUUAGUGCUGGAGUUAGCACUAGUUCAAGUCAGCCUUCGUUCUGAGUUGUGUGGAGUUGAUAAUUAUGUACCUCUAUCAUAAAUAAUGAGGAAACAAUGUACUCUUCUUAAGCUUCUUCUAAAAGCAAAAGAAGAUCUUCUUUAUUUAUGUUAUGUGUGUAAUGUGUUGUAUUAAUAUGCAUCAUGUGGAGUGGCUUGAUUAAUCUCUAUUAUUCUUAAUGAGUGGUCUUUGCUUCCACUUUCCCCAA